AUGCGCAGGCUAGUUGGCAUUUCAAAAACUACCAGUGUUCCUUCUUUCAACAGUCGCUUCCUCGACGCCGACCCCGAACCCAACAACAACAACGACCGCCGGCCGUCUUCCUCUUCGGGCAUCGUCCAAUCUUCCACCACCACCCCCUUGCGGCGGACACACUCGAACUCACUGCAGCGCUCCCCGUCUCAGAAGAGACCGCCCGCGUCUCACAGCAGCUACGGCGUCGAAACCACGUUAGGCCCACCUCCGUCCUACAGUACUCAGCGAACACUCUCGCAAGAUCGGAUCAGACUCGAUCGAAGUGCAGCUUCAAGAUCGGCAACCAGUCCGUCGCGCGAAGAAUUCCCUGCCGAAAACAAACGCGCGUUGUCUCCUCCUACGUCCCAGCCCGAUUCAUCCCCUUUGAAGCCAAAUGAUCGAGCCGCCUUGCCCGAACCCACUCCCGUGCGACUAUCGCCCGUGAAACUUGACGCGACACCUUCAACAACCGCGUCCUCUACAGAAGACAUCUCGACCCAGGACGUGUCUAGCCCGGAGACGGCAGACACGGAGAGCGUGCUUGCACCUAGCUCAGCUGUAAACAAGGAGAACGCGAUGCCGACCACCGACGCGCCCACGCAGGAGAAGGAGAAUACAGAGCCCCACCUAUUGCGACCAGCGCGAUCGGAAGAAGAUAGCAAAGGAUCUAGCAGCGAUGAAAAGAAGAGCGAGGAUCUGUUCUUGAAUAUCGCAAGGACGGACGCGUCACGUAGUGGGGGACAGGUCCAAGGCAAGCUCGAAAAGAGACGGUCGCGGGUUUCGCUCCCCUUCUUCAGCAGCAGCACCAGGCCGUCGACCGGAUACAAGUCGUCCCCAAUCCAGGAGCGGUUUGAUACUACUAGCAUGUCUGGUCGGUCGGAGGCUUUGAACUACUACAGCAAACGUGCUUCCCUCGGGCAACAUGUGCCAGGCGCGCUUUCGCGGACAUACACACAGGACUCUGCACUCCGGACAGGCGGUCUCGACACGCAAAGCACUCACCCUGCCGAUCCGCCCCAUAGAACCAUGUCCAGGCGAUAUUCUAACAGCAACUCAAACACAAACACCAAUACUGAACCCGCUCGCCCAUUUUCGCGUCCGAACACAGCACGCAACAGUCGCCUGGUUUCAGACGGGGGAGCCUUCCUUGAUCGUCCUCGAAUGCCUGACAACAAUGCCACCGAGUCGACCAUCUCCACAACCGCACCCUCGACCGUGUGGGAUGAGCUCGACGAUCUGAAGUCUCGCAUCAAGAAACUAGAACUGACUGGAAAAUUGCCCCCCUCCUCCGCCGCGGCGAUGAGCACAUCGGAGAGACCGAAGACUGCCACCACCGCAGCAACCACCAUGUCGUCUUCCCCGAAGCACAAGCCCACAGCAGUACCCCAGCUGGCAUCUGCUAUUGAGGGGAUCCCAUCCAAUAUACACCCGAACCUUCACGAGGCACUGGGCAAUGCCAAGGCCGUCCUCAGCAACGAGGUCUAUCAGAAACUACAGGCGACUGCACAGGAUGCGUUACAAUUGUCCAUAAUGAUGAACCCCGAAGGACACAAUGCUGGCGCAAGUACUCUCGGCCUCUCUGCCAUAUCUGAACGCCAGUUACGGCGUCGAACAGAGAGCAUGUGCAGGAGUUUGACGGAGCUGGCGAUUGCAAUCCUAGCAGACAACAAGCAGCCCCCUCAACCAGUAACCAGACCUGUGAGUCGAGAUGCUUACCAGGCCUUACCAGGUCUGCGAAGCCGUCGGUACAGCAAUGAGCCCAACGACCGGCCUCCAGUCGCUUCUCGAGUUCAGUCCCGUCUCGAAGCUCGACGUACGAGUGCACAGCUCGGUGCUGCGGUGAACUCACCAGCAGGACCACCGGAAAUCACGUUUCAGACACCACCUACAGCGCUUCCGACAAUGCCAACAUCUUCCUCAUCACGUCUAGGCCGGACUACUUCGAUGGUUCGCAGCAGGCGGACUCCAGGUUAUCAUAUGGACGGCGCUACCGAUGAUGAGGAGAGCAGUCCUUCUGUCCGUCCCGUCAGCAGAGCGAUGACCGAAGUGAGCACGUAUCGCCAGGCCGCAAGAGAUCGAGCUGCGUACUCGAGAGAAUACACCGCUCAACACCCAAUGCCGCAACACCCUGUACCUUCCACAGCCGAGCCAAACUCGGCAACCAGAAGCCAGCUUCCGGCGCACAUCAGCACUCACCUCGUGCCCCGACGCAAAUACGGAAAUCUCUCGUCCAAUACAAGCAACGUUGGCAAUCAAGAUCAUACUCCCGUCACGCCGAAGGAGCCCUGGGGCCGGAUAACGAUCGUGCCAGCCGUUAGUUCCAGCCCGAUUGAAGCCACACCCGAGACCCAUGUCGUAACGCGACCUACAAAUACGCGGAGAAGCCUGGGUUUCACCAGCAGAAUCAGCAGCGUAAGCAGCCGACUGCGAGCAGCCAAAGGAGAACGAAAUGUGAGCAUGAGAGACGUCCCGGAAGCGCGAAGCUCCCGGGACAUUGCACCAUCAGGACCAGUAUUGGACAAUAAUGCGCCAUUGGAGAGACACGGUUCUGGCCAGAGCCUUGAACCCUGA